CGCUGGCCCCAAGGGUAGGCGGUGCUCUCUAAAAAUAACCCCUGCUAGUCUCCAGCCAGAGCCUCCCUUGAGGAGAGCUACUCCCAGGCACUUUGUGCCCACGGCUAGGAUCUGACAGGGUCCCCCUUUCCUGGCUUCUCUGGGGAGGCUGAUCCACUGACCAGCCACAGAGAGAUCCCUUCCGAAGGAGCAAAGCGAGGCUGAGAGACUGGAGGAACUAACUUGUGUUUCCAUGUGAUAUUCUCAAGACGGGAACUUGGCAAAAGAGCAGCACCAUGGUGAGGAACGUCGAUGACUUCGACUUCUGCCUCCCGUCCCACCCCCAGACCAUGCUGGAAGGCCUGCGGGCUCUGCGCACCAAUCCCAAACUCUCUGAUGUAACCCUGGUGGUGGGCGGGCAUGAGUUCCCCUGCCACCGCAGCAUCCUGGCACUCUGCAGCCACUACUUCAAUGCCAUGUUUGCUGGCAACUUCAUUGAGAGCAUCUCGGCCCGGGUGGAGCUCAAGGAGGUUGAUCCCAUCUUUCUGGAGACGCUGAUUGACUUUGCUUACACAGGGAAGAUCACCAUCAACCAAGGGAAUGUGGAAGGGCUGUUCCGGACCUCCAACCAGCUCCACUUCCCCACUAUCCGGAAAGUCUGCAGCCGGUACCUGAGACAGCAGAUGGAUGCCACGAAUUGCCUGGGUAUUUGUGAGUUUGGGGAAAACCAUGGCUGCCCAGAGGUGUCUUCUAAGGCUUGGGCUUUCCUGCAGGAGAACUUUGAAGCUGUGUCACAUCAGGAAGAGUUUCUCCAGCUCUCCAAGGAGAGGCUGUCUGUCUACCUGUCCAAAGACCAGCUACAGGUACAGGAAGAGCAAAGCCUUGCCGAGGCCAUGCUGAGGUGGGUGAGGUACGAUAAAGCAUCGAGAGUUCAGCACCUGCCAGAGCUCCUGGAACUGGUGCACCUGGUCUCACUGCCAGACCAGUACCUGCAGAACCUGCUCUGCUCAGAGCCCCUGAUCCAGGACUCAGAAGCCAGCAAGGCUGUCAUCACCAGAUACCAGAGCACGGUGGAGAAUAGAUCCUUUGUCCAGAAGAGCCUGCUUGCUCUUCCACAGAAGCUGGAGGAGGUGUUGGUCGUGGUUGGAGGACGAGUGCUAGAGGAGGAAGAGGAGGAUGGGGUGCAGCCACCACGAGUCUCCAGGAACUUUGCUUUUUAUGACAUCAAGCCCAAGAGAUGGAUGGCUCUUCCGGAUUUUCCCGAUUACAAUAAAUGGGGCUUUUCAGUGGUGGCGCUAAAUAACGAUGUUUAUGUCACAGGUGGCUCCCGAGGCACACGGCAUGAUACAUGGUCCACAACUCAGUCCUGGUGCUUCCGCCUCAAGGAAGGUGCAUGGAAACCCAUUGCUCCAAUGCUGAAAUCCCGAACAAAUCAUUCCAGCGCUGUCCUCAAUGGAGAGAUCUAUGUCAUUGGAGGUACCACCAUGGAUGUUGUGGAGGUGGAGUGCUAUGACCCCUAUAACAACAGCUGGAGCUCCAUCAGCCCUGCCCUGAAGUAUGUCAGCAACUUUACUGCAGCUGGGUGCCUGGGGAAACUCUACCUCAUUGGCUCAUGUGCAGUCAAGUACAAUGCAUUGACCCUGCAGUGUUACAACCCUGUCAUAGAUGUGUGGAAUGUAAUUACAUCUCCCUUUAUACCGAAGUACCUCUCGGCCCCACGCUGUGCCUCCCUACAUGGAGUGAUCUACCUUAUUGGUGACAACACCAAGAAGGUUUAUGUGUACGAUCCGGAUGCAAACAUAUGGCAGAAGGUACAGCUGCUUCACACACUGCAUGAGAACGGAGGCAUGGUGCCGCUGGGAGGCAAACUCUUUGUGACAGGAGGGCGCUGGAAGGGCAUGGAUGGUGACUAUCUGGUAGAGAUGGAAAUUUAUGAUUGUGCCAAGGAUAGUUGGAAAAGGGAGGGACCCAUGCCCUGCCUCUGGCUGUACCACAGCUCUUCCUCCAUCUUUAUGGACACCUCCAAGUGGACAGAACCCUUUCUAGGAGACCACGUGCAGUAGGAGAGCCUGGGAGCGCUGGCCAGGGUGGGGAUGGGCCUGUUCACAAUGUGGAAGAGUGUUUUGUUUUAAGCAUCACUGUUUGCACGUUGUUUUGCCUGCACAUCUCACUCUCCUCAGCCCUUCUGCUGUGCAGAGGCCACUCAGCACAUCUCGGGGGAAGCCCUAACUCAUGAAAUGGACUCCAAGCACAGCUCUUUUCAGUGCCAAUGUGACAGGGGUGGGGCUGGUUUCUUUAUUUGUCUUUUACUCAUUCAUUGAAAAGUCUCCUUGCUCGGUCUGCUGAUGGAUCCUGCAAAGAGAACAAUGCAAACUGGCCUGACCUGGACUGGAUUUGUGUUCCCAGCUCUGAAACUGGGUCUCCAUAGCACAGAGUGAGGACACAGGGUGCUGUCCUGUGGGUGGCUGCCCCACACUAGGCUUUUAAUAGCCCAAAUAGUUGAAACUGUUCAGUUCUUGUUUUAUUGAUAUAGGUUUUAUAUACAUUUUAUUUAUACUUAUUCUAUGUAACAUGGCCUACUACCAACUGCUCUGCUGUGUCUGUACAACAGUGAGCUAGAUAUUGCUUUACGAAAAAUAAGCUGUAUUUCUCCUGCUGGCAGUUACUGUGGGGAUCAGAUUUGCUGCUGAUCAGGGAGGAAAUGUCUGGGUAUUUUGGUGUUUCUAUUUCAUUGUAUGUUCUCACAAACUACAGGCACCCAAAUAAGAUACACACCUUGUUUUGGGAAAGUGGAAUGAAGGGGAGAUUUUUUUUCAGGGUCAUGGCCCAAAUCUACCACAUGGAGCAGCUCACUUACCCUCAGCCAGCUCACUGGCUGCUUCAGGCAAAAGCUCAAGCUUUAACUCCAUCACAGCCACUGCUGAACUAGCAGCAGCUUUUGCCUCCUCAGCCAAAACCUACUGCCAAUUGUAGAAGUGGCCAGGAGAGAGUUAAAACUAACUCUGAUGCUGCAGAGCGCGCUCUACCCCUCCUUCUCUGGGGCCAGGGAGAAAAGCAGAGCCAGAAACCAUUACAGGUCCCUAUGCAGCCAUUACAGAACCUAUAUGCAUCAAUUUGAGCACAGAAAGCAGUUUUCCUGCUUAAAACCUGUGCCCAACUUUUGGAUGACCGACUUUUGGGGAAAAGGUACUUGUGAUAUGUGAAUAAAUAUGGUAUAUUUUGCUGGUA